CGUCAUGAUCCAGGUCCUUCAUGUCCGUUUCUCUUGUUCUCUGGUUUGAAAAGUGCCGCUGAGGAAACAAAUUUUCUUGGUUCUGGUUGCAUGUCGCAUGAGAACUCCGGAAAGAUUUGCAAGCAAGUACGUUUUCGCUUCAAGUCGUUUCAAAGCUUAUCGCAGAAGUGGCAUGAUGAAAAGUACAACGACGUGAACAGUGUUCGCGCGUGAUAGCUGCACCUGCUGUUUCGGAAAGCCGUGCCUACAGCAUCAGCGUAAGACGGUGCGCGACCGGGCGAGAGGAGGCCGAUAUGAUGGACGCAGUGCCGUGUCGGAGCCGGUGUCGCUCAUCCAUUGCUGGCGGUGCCCGGAAUUCGCUAUACGCUGCUGCUCUUUGACUCGAUGACCACGGUCAGCAGACGAGCUUCUCACGACAAGAAUUACCGCGAAAGACUCGAACAAAUGAAGAAUGCGCUGUUUAUUUGUGAAGUGCUUCUUUUGCGAGAUUUUCAUUUGGAAAACGUCUCAGGAUUCAAACGCUAUCCCUAGUAGUGCUCGGUCUUCAGUUCUUUGCCUCUAUGCUACACAGGAGUUGUGAAACAAUCAUCCAAGAAGGAGGUGCAAUAUAUAACCGAUCUCGUGGUCUGACCGGAGGAGGUGUGGCAAGAAAAGCCAUUGCGACAGCACCAUGGAGGUUCUUCCCUAAAACAGAAUCGAACGCGUGGAGCUUGUCGCUGGACAUUUACGCCACGACCUACUUCUUUGUUUUGGAUUGUUUUGAUGCACGAGCACAAGGAACAAGUAAACGCCGCCCGCAUGUUUCUCAGGAGGAAAAUGAGUC